AUGUUCGACGAGAAUUCAAAUGCGACGGCGGCAGCGGCUUCACUGACCGCCGUGCCCGCCGUCCCCACCCCAACGAAUAUAAACUCGAACCAUUUGGUAAACCAACUUCUGAAUGCCAAGGACUCCAGAUGGUUGCAAUUGGAGGUCUGUAGAGAGUUCCAGAGGGGACAGUGUUCCAGAUCAGACAUCGAUUGCAAGUUUGCACAUCCACCGGCACAUGUGGAUGUUCAGAAUGGUCGAGUUACGGCUUGUUACGACUCUAUUAAGGUAAGGCUGUUGUAAGAAUACCGAUUUUUGUUUGAUAGCUCUGCUUACUUUUUGCAUUUUAGGGCCGUUGCACCCGUGAAAAUCCGAAAUGUAAAUAUCUUCACCCUCCUCAACAUCUGAAGGAUCAACUUUUGGUAAAUGGCAGAAACAACUUGGCCUUGAAGAAUCUGAUAUGCUCACAAUUAACGCAGCCCGGUAUUACCAAUAACAUUCAGAUGGCCCAGUUAUUGGUAAGGGAGACUUUUCUGUUUGAAACUAACCUUCUAACAUUGUGGAUCAUCAAAUUUAAGAAAUAUUUUCCGAGAAUAAGGUGAUUAAAAUUGUGAGAAUUAUUCUCUCAUCACCGCCUUUAAUCCCACGCUCCCUCUUCUUCUAUUCCAUGACCUGAACUUGUUCUUGUAGCAGCAACAGCAACAACCGCAGCAGGCCGCUCUCUUACCCACCAUGCCUUAUCAGUAUUAUUCACCGCUAACCGCCAUUUAUCCGACUUUAAUGCCCACCGAUCCCUUUGUACAGACCGUAAGUCGAGUUUUGGUGUACUUGUGUAGCGGGGCGAAUUGAGAGAACGCCAGAGAACGACAGGCCUUCAGACAGUGCGAUUCCUUUGUUCUUCGCUUCCAUUGGUUUGUGAUUGUACUACGCUUUUUCAAAAGUUCGAAGACUUUUUUUCGCGGCGCACAGUGCAUUUUGCCACGUUUGCACUGUGCAGUGUCCGUCGCGCUCACAAUGUUCGCGAUGACGCAGAUGAAAAAAACUUGCGCCGCGGCGAUUUUUCAAUUGCACAAUGCAGAGGUGAAAUGCACAGUGCGGAAAGCUUGCGACGAAAAGUCUACGCACUUAUGAUAAAGCGUAGUAUUUCCGCUUGCAAAUAGCAAGACUCGCGAGUUUAUGCAAUACAUUUUCCAAUAAUACUAACAAUGAGUUCUUGCAGUUUGAUGUUUUCAACGGCAGCCUUAGAUUAUUUAAAACGGCAUAAAAUGAAAGAAAAGAUUUGCUUUACCCAGUAUUACACUGGAUGUAUUUGUGUGGCAAUUUGGAUCGCACUGCCUGUGAAUGCCUACUACUAUAUGUUCUGAUCCCCUUUUCUUUAGUUUGGGAGCUUACCAGUAGCACGGAGUUCUUUGUAGUUGUUUUACAGUGUCAGAUGUAGAGCCACUAAUUUCCAUAUUUUGUUUUUCCCGCAAAAUUCUGUAAAACGCCUCUUCCGUGCCCUUUUUAAUAACAUUCACUCGGCCCAAAGAACCUUUUUGCUGCAAUUACUCGGAUGGUUACUGUAACAGCAUAAGUAAUUCGAGAUUAGAGUAAUUGGUUGCCCAUCGGGGAAUGUUUUAUUUCAAGUGUAGUGAUCGUUUGUUUUUGUGGCCUGCUUUUUAUCGCUAUUCUAAUCCAUUCAGUCCUCGUUGGUGGCCCGUCAGCUGGCCCUGCUCCAACAACAGCAACAAGUUCAACAACAACAACAGCAGCAGCAACUGACCGGAGUCCAGAACCAGGCCUUGGUGAAUGCCCUCCUCCAACAACAGCUGGGUGCGUCGCCCACUCUGGCCAGUCCCUUGGCCCAGUCUCCAUUGGCCGGCCUCUCCCAAUCCCAGCUUCUCAAUUCGCCAGCUUUGGCUGCCUUGGCCGCGCAACAAUCGGCCCAAUCAGCGCAGGCAGUCGGGCAGACUGGCUCUCCAGUGGAAGGUCGGAAACGAUCAGCCAGAUCAGCUGGUUUCGACGAGGGCGGGAGUGGGGAUGAGAAGAAAACGAACACCCCGAACCCGGCCAGAACUCCGGCCUCCGCCGCUUCGAGUGUGCUUGCUUCGAGCGAUCUCACAGCGCUCCAGAAUCAGCUGCUGUUAGCCUCUGCUGCGGUACUGUAGUCUUUUUUUCCCCCGCGUUAUUGUGGUAUCUAACACUUUCACUGCCGUUUUUCACAUUUUUAAUGUCAUUGUUGUCACAUCUGGGUGUUAAAUACCACAGUAGCGUUAUCUUUUUUGAUUUCUUUUGUCGUUUUUUUGUGUUUUUUGCCCUUUUACAUCCGUCCUCUAACACUUUUUGUCGUAUCCGCACUCUUUCCUGAUACAACGCUUACAUUAUUUAGAGUGGAUUAGCCUUCAGUUCAGGGACAUUUCACGGAGAAUAUCGCUUUUUAAAUUAACACUUCUCUGCUUCAAAAUUAUAUCAAAGUAGCUUAUUAGAUAAGCCUUGAAUGAUUACUUUUGUACUUCUUCUGUUGUAACUGUACUGUAGAAGAAGAUUAAUUGCUUCUUUUUCCCUGCCUGUUCCUGUACUGUCUUUAAAAUUUGAAUUCCUUGUUGCCCUUCUCUCAUCAAAAUUGCUGCUUCGACCAUUACAACUAGUAUAUUUCAGAAUGGUGCCGUUAAUGGGGUGAAUGGGAAGAACAAGAACGGGGUACCCACCAACGGGAUCCCCAUUUAUGCACAGCAAACCGCCCAGUUCAAUCCAUAUUUAAUGCAACAAGUGCCCGGAUAUAUGCCGGCUGUCUCCUGUGAGUCCAUUCAUAUUGUAAUAGGAUGUGACAAGCGGUUGUAUUCGAAUAUGUAUUUGAUUCUACAUGUUCUUUAUUUCCUCGAAUGAGUGAUAAUUUUGCCGUAAAAUAAUAUGAUUUGUUUUCAGUCAGCCAGCAAUUGCCUCCCCGAUUCUAG